AUGGAUGUCGAUCCAAGUCCCGCGCUGGACGCGCAGCGGAAGGCUCAUCCGGAGCUUUCCGAACAGUUGGACAAAAUGCAGAAAUUCGUGAACGCCAAGCUGUACCACCAGCUCACCCAGACUCUCUUGGAGUACCUAGUGAGUCCUCCAUUCGCUGCUGCUACGCCUGCGGCGGCUGCAGAGUUGAAGGAUUUUUUCGAGGGCUUCAUCAAGGCCUUUGAGGUGAGAUUCGACAAAGUGCGAUGGGUUCAGAUCCUUUCAAUAGUGGCAAGUCCCCAGACUCCGGCUGUGGCAUUGGAGCUGAUCGCACCUUUCGAGGCUGCGAUGGCUGAGAGCCGCGAUGCCAAGUUCCUUUGGCAAGCCCUCAAGGGCGAGAAGCUGACUCUGUCGGGUGACACGGAGUCGGCGAAGGAACUCCUGGAAAACUUGGGGGCUGAGAUAGACAGCGCCUACGAGGUACAGGCGCUCAUUCAGUCCCAUUUCCACAAGACCAACGCGCUGCUUUGGAAAACUCUGGGACGUUCACAGGAGUUUUACAAGAGCUCCAUUCUCUACCUUGCCUUCACUCCGCUGGAAGCGAUUCCUGUAGAGGAGAGACCGCGCAUCGCCUUCGAGACCGUGAUCGCUGCUCUGGUUGCCGAGGAGGAAUUCAACUUUGGCGAGCUCACUCAGCAAGAGAUCAUCCAGUCUCUCGACGGCUCUGCAUACGCUUGGGUCAGAGACCUUCUACAGGCAUUCAGCGAGGGAAAGUUCGAUUUGUUCGAUGCAGCAAUUUCCAAGAACCGAGCACAAAUGGAGGCCAGUCCUGAGCUGAAGUCUGCGGAGGAGACGCUCAGGCGAAAGAUGUGCGCUCUGUCGCUGAUGGAGCUGGCUUUUAGGAAGCCGAAGAAGCAGCGGCGCUUAACGUUCGCGGAGAUUGCUCAGCACUGCCGAAUCUGUGAGUACAUGUCGCAUCCUUCUCUGUUCCGGGGCUUUGUUGGUUCGACCUCUGGGAGCGCAGCGGUGGACUUUGAGAUUGUAGAGCAUGUUAGCACUGCAGCCAUCUACAGCUUCCAUGGUCGCAGAGGUACCUCGGCGACCCAGGCACGAAUGUUCAAACUUGGUGGCGGGGAGCCAGACGUGCUACACCCCUGGCCUCUUCGGGAUCUUGCCGCUGAAUUGCGGCAAGAGGCUGGUAAGCGGCCGACGGUGGCACUACGAGAUGGACUUGGCUUCCUCAUCGAAGCUUCGCCGAGCGCGCUGCCCAGCGGAGCUGAAGUGGGCGUGUUUGUCGGCCUCUUCGGCUUGUCGCACACUAGCAAUGAGGCCAAAGUUGAAGAUUGGAUGGUGUCUGGUGGCACGCCGCCAAAGCACAACCCAAUCCGCCUCUGGAGCAUGUUCUCCUACCAGUACGCAGAGACAGGUGGCCGAGUGCAGCCGGACGAGUUGGGAGAUGCUUGCUUCGGAGAGACCUGGCGCGCGGAGCUUUGCGCCCGCGUUUGGACCUGCUUUAUUGGGCGGGGGAAAGAUGGUGUCGGAGGAGGUCGCUGGAGAGUAGCGGCAGGCGUGCGUUUUGCUGCUACAUACCGCAUCGAGGCUUACCUGGGCCCGCCCCUGUCUUCCUGCAGGUCAUACUUGUCGGAAGAGGAGCAGCAGGUUCAUCCACCAGCUUCAUGGUGGGCGCCGCCGGUAUCAGAGCACACUGUGGAGUCGAUGUCUGCGGUUGUUCAGUAUGCAGCAUGGAUGCAACUGCGCCUGCUGUACGUGAACCGUGAAAACUUCUGGUGGGGGCAGCAAGCCCAGGUUCAGCCAGCCAGCUGUUGGCUGGAUUUGAUGCAGGCCGCUGUCCACACAGCCUCGCUCUCCCCAGCAGCUGGCUCGGAGAGGUGGGGCGCACACCAAGCGCCUGAUACUCCGCACGGGCUGUGGCUGGAGUUCGGCGUUGGCUCUGGCAAGACGACAGCUGCGAUCGCAUUCCAGAUGCAAGUCAUGAUGGGCAAGGAGGUAAUGCUGCACGGCUUUGACUCCUUCCAGGGCCUGCCAUCAGACUGGGACCAUACGCACUUGGCAGCGGGCACCUUCAGCAGAGGUGGGAAGAUCCCGGAGCAUCUACUGGAGAUGUCCAAUGUCAAGAUUCACGUGGGCCUCUUCUCUGACACACUAGGUGACCUAGACGAGUUUGGAGAGAUGCCUGUGGCAUUUGCGCACAUCGAUGUGGACAUCUUUCCAUCUGCCGUCGAGGUCCUCUCACGCAUAGCCUGCCAGCUUUGGCCGGGCUCAGUGCUUGUCUACGAUGAGCUGGUGAACUACAUUGGCUUCGAGCUCUCCGGUGAGUACCGCGCAUGGGAGUAUGUUGCUUCUGCCUAUGGCAUAGGUUGGCAAUACGCCGGCAUGUACUGGCAGCAGGCUGUCCCGAUGGUCAUCACCGAGCGCGGACGGAAUUGUUGA